AGUCGCCGAGUAGUCGUCGCGCAAACUGCAUUCAUCGAGCUUUUCCGUUAUACUCCUUGUAAUUUCAGAGAACUUCAAUUAGUUUCAGUGUUAAAAACCAUACAACAAGAAAGAAAUUAUUCUUUAUCCAAUUGAAUUCUCAUAAAGAAACAUGUACCUCAAGGUUGGUCAAUUGCAGUUUUUAUCAAAAUCUUUCUAAUUCGAGAUAAAAGUCUAUCUUCAAUUGGAAUGAAGUUGUAAAGAUAACUACUCAAUGUACGUGAUAAUUAGAAUGUCGACCAAGUCACGUAAAAAAACGAUGUUUUGUAGUUUUUAAUUAUGUGCUCUUGAAGGCCUAACGCGAACACGCAGGUUCAUGAACAAUCAGAUUAUGUCAUCACUACCAUAUUUGCGUGUCUGCAACCUAUUUACAUAUAUAAAAAGUCUUACCUCAUUGUGUAAGAGAAAGCUGAAUAAUGUGGCGGAUAAUGGAAUUGGCCGGAUGACAAAAGAUAACUUGCAACGUUGACUACUGAUAAAAACGGCCCCAAAUUAAGCGGCAAGUUGACAACGAAAUUGUAGUAGACUCACAGGGAUUGAAUUUAUUUCUGUACGCGAUGUGCAAUAACAAUAAGGAAAAUAAAAAUACAGUCUCCAGACAUAGGCCAAUCAAAGUCACAACAAUUGGAGACGGUACUGUAGGCAAAACAUGUAUGCUUAUUACAUAUACAACAAAUGAAUUCCCUUCAGAAUAUGUGCCUACUGUCUUCGAUAACUAUGCAGGCACAAUAUGUGUAGAUGGACAAGAAUUUGAUAUGACUUUAUGGGAUACUGCUGGUCAGGAAGAUUAUGAACGAAUCAGACCUUUAUCUUACCCAAAUACUGAUUGCUUCUUGAUCUGCUUUUCAGUAAAUUCUCGCACUUCUUAUGAAAAUGUUGCGAUCAAAUGGCAUCCAGAAAUUAAACAUCACUGUCCAAAUACACCUAUAGUGCUUGUUGGUACAAAAGGGGAUCUUAGAAAUCAAGAAAAUGUGGAUACAAUUACUUUCAAAGAAUGCAAAAAAAUGAAAAAGAAAGUAAAAGCUUAUAAAUAUGUCGAGUGUUCUGCUUUGAAAUGUGAAAACUUAGGGGAAGUUUUCACUGAAGCGAUUCGAGCAGUACUGAAAAAACCAUCAAGCAAACUUUGUUGUUCAUUUUGAAGCUUAAGUUAUAAAAUAAUAUUUAUAAUUAAUUAAUAGGAAAUAUUGAUUUAUAGUAAUAUUAAUGGAUAAAAAUAUUAACUGUAAGAUCUUUGGACCCUACAGUUCUCCUACAUUUCCUUAAUAUUCAAAAUUUAAUAAAACGAUUAUAAAUAAUACCAAACAACAAAUAAUUCAUAUUUUGUAAAUAUAUUAAUGCUGAUUACAGAAUUAAGUAGACUUCAUUGUACAUCUGUAUCAUAGAAUACCAUUAAUAAAAAGGAAUUUAUUUCAUCAAUAUUA